AUGCCUGCCAUAGCCUAUUCUUCUGAAAGGCCCAAAAUUAUAUUCAUUCUAGGUGGUCCUGGAGUAGGGAAAGGAACACAAUGCACGAGACUCGCGACCGAUUUCGAUGUUGUUCACCUUUCCGUUGGCGAUCUCCUUCGAAACCAAGAGAGCCCCGAGCUUGCAUCGUUGAUUAAAAACACCAUGACCGCAGGGGGAAUCGUACCACUCGAGAUAGUAAUGGCGGCAAUACAGGACGCAGUGGACGGGCACGUGCGAAAUGGCCAGAAUGUGUUCCUGAUGGAUGGUUUUCCUCGUAACCUGGAGCAACUUGCAGCUUUCCAGGAGCAGUUCGGCGACUGUUGCACGACACUUUUCUUUCAAGGCCCUGAAGAUGUCCUGCUGAGACGGGUUCUCAAUAGACACAAAACAUCCGGAAGAGUCGACGAUAAUGAGAUUACGUUCCGUAAGAGGAUACAAGGAUACUAUGAUCAAACCAUGCCUGUGAUUGACAAGUUGAGAGAACAAGGGCAGGUCAUCGAGAUCGAUUGCACCGGUGACUUGGACGAAGGAUAUGACACAGUAAAGCAGGCUUUUAUAGAAGCCGUCUCCCGUUGA